AUGCGGUUAUUGUCAGUUAUCGCUUGCGUAGUCGCCUUUGUGGCACCCAUGGCGUCUGCCGUUAAGCUACUCGAAUCUAAUGCGCUCAACCUAUGCAUGGAGAGUAGCAAUUUCACCGCUACCUAUUUCAACGUCAUUUUUUACCCUGGAAACAAUUCGCUGGUUAUCGGAUUCGAUGGUGUUUCAUAUAUCUCCGGCAAAGUCGUCGCCGACAUGACACUCACAGCUUACGGUUAUGAUGCUUAUACCCACACCUUGGAUCCCUGUGACAUUGAUGGAAUGGGAAUGUGUCCCAUGGCGCCAGGUCCCAUCGAUCUACAGGAUGUCCCGCUGCAACUUUCUAGUGAUACGGCUUCCAAUGUUCCCAGUAUUGCCUUUACAGUGCCCGAUCUUGACGCAAAUGUGAAGAUUGUCAUCAAGACGCGAGACACCAACGAAUCCAUUGCUUGCGUAGAAGCAUCUCUCUCCAACGGCAAGACUGUUUACCAAGAUGGAGUCGCAUGGGUUACUGCCAUCAUCUCCGGCUUGGCUCUUGCAGCAUCUGCCAUUACGUCUGGUCUAGGACACUCCAACACUGCUGCUCACGUUGCCGCCAACGCUCUCUCUCUAUUCGGCUUUAUGCAGUCUCAAGCGAUGAUUGGAAUGACCGCGGUCCACAUGCCCCCGAUUGUCGAAGCAUGGACGCAGAAUUUCCAAUGGAGUAUGGGAAUUAUUCACGUUGAUUUCUUGCAGACUAUUUGCACCUGGUACCAGCGCUCAACUGGUGGUACUCCCUCGACACUACUCUCCUCACUUGAUACUACCUCGGUAGAAGUACUAAAGCGCCGCAAGCGUGACCUGAUUCAACCUGCCGUCAACAUGAUGAAGCGAUCCGCCGGACUCAUCAAACGAGCUAGCUCUAGCCAGACAGUCUCGGUUGUGCGGGGCAUUGAUCGUGUUGGUUUCAAAGCAGAUAUCGAAGAGACCAAUAUCUUCCUGACAGGGCUCAUCUUCUUUGCGGUUUUCGUCUGUAUUGUCUGUAUCAUCGUUGCGGCCUUCAAGGGUAUUUGCGAGCUGCUUGUCAAGAACGGCAAGAUGCAAAACGAGAAAUUCCAGGAGUUCCGCAAUGGCUGGAAGGUGGUCACCCGGGGUAUUCUUUUCCGACUCACUCAGAUCGGAUUCCCCCAAAUGUGCGUUCUAUGUCUGUGGGAGUUUACAAAGCGUGAUUCGGCGGCCGAGGUUGUCUUGGCUGUGGUGAUGUUCCUCUCCAUGAUCUUCGCAAUGGGCUGGGCAGCUCAGAAGGUCAUUCGUCUGGCCAAACGCUCCGUCGCCAUGCACAAGAACCCUGCCUACAUCCUGUAUUCCGAUCCCUCCGCUUUGAACAAGUGGGGUUUCCUCUAUGUUCAAUACCGGGCAACGGCAUACUACUUUGUCGUUCCCUACAUGAUCUACGUGCUCAUAAAGGGCAUGUUCAUUGGUCUGAGCCAGUCCUCCCCAGUCGUUCAAACUGUCGCAUUGGUGGUUCUCGAGGUGGCCAUGUUGAUUGGUGUUUGUGUCUUGCGGCCGUGGAUGGAUAAAAAAACUAAUGUCUUCAACAUUUCCAUUGCGGUCGUCAACUUUCUCAACUCUAUCUUCCUGCUGGUCUUCUCAGAUGUUUUUAAUCCUCCGGGCAUGAUGAUCGGUGUGAUGGGAGUUGUGUUCUUCGUUUAUAACGCCAUAUUUGCUCUAGUCCUCUUGAUUCUUGUCCUGAUCGCUGCGGUUUAUGCCGUGGUGUCAAAGAACCCCGAUGUACGGUACCAGCCAAUGCGCGAUGACCGCGGCUCCUUUAUCAAGUCGGAAAAUCAGAUCACCACUGAGUUGGAUGCUCUGGGUGCAACCGCCCGUGGUGAUGUCAAGACUGGCUACCAACACCAACAAAAUCCGUUCGAAGACGAUUCCACCUCCAUCUCCAGUGCCCAAGGUAUCACCGUCAACCACAACAUGAAUCCGGCUCACACACAAAACAUGUCCCAACCCAUGUCCCGAUCACCAGUCGACAAUUCAGUACCACUCUUCCCUAGUGACAACUCGGGUUACCGUGGUCCUCCACCAGGUUACACGCAGGCCAACCGGGCCCCCUCUCCUAACAUGCGAAACUACGACAACGCACCAGUUGGAGUCUCUGCCUUGGCGCCAAACUAUAGGCAACAAAACAAUGCCAGUCCUUGGCAAAGAGGCGCUGGUUACGAUCACUAG